AUGGAGCGUGCCUUUGUUGAUCUCACCCUGGAAGACCCUCGCCGUGAUGAGCUACCAAUUCCCCUUACUCCAACCCCCGUCCUCACACCACCUCCCUCGAACUCACGAAAGCGUCCUAGAAUUCUGAACUCGGAAGACCCUGAGAUAGAGAGACCCCAAAAGAGGCGUCUCAUACCGGCCAAGGCCCUGAAAUCACUAAAGCGGGUGCUAUUUUCAUCCGACGGCCCUCCUUCCCGCACCCAAGCCGCCAUUUGCAGAGACACAAAGACCAGGAGCCAGGUUCCCGAGCCAGAGCAGGGGCCAAGGUACAGAGCACGGGUGAAUAAAAAUGGCAGAAAGCCAUCCAAGCGCGCUAUUGAUCUUACAAAGGGGCCCGAGCCGGAACAAAGUGAGAACACAGUGAGAAGGUUGGGUAGCCCGCCUCGCUUGAUUCAGAGCAUUCUGAUCAAGGGCCUGCAAUUCCAACCAGAUGGUGUCACAUUUGAGGUUGGCCUGGACUUAGAGCUGGAAGACGAAUCCUUUUUCCGAAUAGAAAAGAUCACCCGGCAUGGCCACCGUAUUCUUUUCAAAGGCCGCCGGCUUUUUCGUCCAAAGGCAUUCAACAACAACAAACUACCGAAUAUUAUCCCUCAUGCCCGAAACGAGCUCGUCUGGGUGCCUCAACGGACAAGUCAAGUGCUACCUGACAAGGUGGUUGGCAUUACCAAAGUCGUCUUCACCAAUGAGCGUUGCUUAUGGGGAAAGGCUCGAGUGCGGACAUGUCGUCUGAAGGUAUCCUACUCUUAUCGUGACUCAAAUCAUGAAAACCCGGUGAAAAAUGCGAAUUGGGUGGUUCGAGAUUUGACGAUCGAGGAGUCAGACCCCGGAAGAGGACUCACCAACAAGCAACUGCGUGAGAGAUGGAGAGGGCCCACCAUACCAUUCGGUGAAGGAAAGGUCGGUGCCAUAAUUGAAACCAUUGAGCGUCGGCGUGAGGAUUCGCCUGAGAUCAUUGACCUCGAUAACAUUCUUCCAACCCCACCACCGUCCCCACCCACCUCAUCAACUCUGAUUGACCUCACAUCGGAAGGCCAGAAUGCGUAUACCUUUGGUGACGGAUUCUGCGGAGCCGGGGGUGCAUCUUGUGGGGCAAAGCAGGCAGGGUUGAAAAUCAAGUGGUCCUUCGACAUCAACGAGUACGCGAUGAAAUCAUACAGUCUCAACUUUCCGGGGAAUGAGACCAAGUCCCGAAGAAUGGAGGCGCAUCAGUUCUUCCAGAAGCCGAUGCCUUUUUUGCGAGUCGAUAUCAUGCACUGUUCACCACCCUGCCAGACCUACUCCCCGGCGCACACGGUCAACAACGAGGAAAACGACGACCGCAACUCCGCCUGUCUGAUAGGUAUUCGGCAAGCAGUCGAAAGAGUCCGGCCUCGCAUUCUGACCAUGGAAGAGACUUUCGGUCUGGAGCACGAAGCUCAUAGACCCAACCUGAAUCGGGUCAUAAUGGAUUUGAUUGAGCUGGGAUACUCGGUGCGAUGGGAAGUUAUCAAGCUGGGCGGGUACGGAGUGCCGCAGAUACGAAAACGGCUCAUUCUCAUCGCUGCAGGACCAGGAGAAAGUCUCUGCGAGUUCCCUCGCCCGACCUACGGCGGCCCAGGCCAGCCUAGACUCAGAACGAUCCGCGAUGCUAUCUACGACCUAUCUAUCGACUCGCCAAAUCACGACGUGGCGACUCGUCUGGGACGGUGGUCGAGAGAGUACCGGAAGGCAUUGGAUUGGGAUGAGCAAGCGAAGACAAUAACCACGGCUGGUGGACAAGACAACUAUCAUCCUGAUGGAAGACGAACAUUCACAGAUCGGGAGAUCGCCUGCCUUCAGACGUUUCCACGAGAUUAUCAGUUCUACAAGACAGGCGCCCGCAAGCAGAUCGGCAAUGCAUUCCCUCCUAUGGCUGCAAGGGCAAUCUACGAGGCAGCUAAGGAGUCUUUGCAGAAGACUGACCUGCUCGAACGCGUGGACAGACAGAUGAGAAUGUGA